AUGUUAAGAGAAGCCAGAGCUUUCCAAAGAUUCCAAAACCAGAGACGUGAAGGGCGAGUUGCGGUUUGUGAUGAAACGCCGUCGUCAUCCUCCACCCAGUUAGCAACCUCUGGAACAGAAGUAGCUGAAGUAAAGGUAGAACCCGACGUGGAAGAGAAGGGAAGUGCCUCUGUCGCUGCAGAUCAGAACCCCUCAGUUUCAGCACAGCGGCCAGCCCGUGUUCUUGUCGCUCGAGAUCCAGUCAUUGAGCAAAAACGUUCACAGUUGCCGAUAUAUUCGGAAGAAGUACCCAUUAUGGAGACUAUCAACGACAACAUUGUUACUGUCAUAUGUGGAGAGACGGGUUCUGGCAAGACUACUCAAAUUCCGCAGUUCCUCUACGAAGCGGGAUAUGCAAGCAAUGGACAGUUGAUAGGCAUAACCGAACCGCGAAGAGUGGCGGCGAUAUCCAUGGCGCAACGUGUUGGUGAAGAGUUGGGUUCACCAGAUAUAGUUUCAUAUCAGAUACGAUAUGAGGGUAACCGCACGGCUAAAACGAAGAUUCUGUUUAUGACGGAUGGUGUCCUGAUGAAAGAGAUGGAAUCUGAUGUUAUGUUGAAAAAAUAUUCCGCUAUUCUUAUUGAUGAGGCACAUGAAAGGUCUAUGUACAGUGAUGUGUUGAUUGGCAUGCUGAGUAGAAUAGCCCCACUUCGAGCAAAAACAUCAAACCCGCUCAAACUGAUUAUUAUGUCGGCUACUCUCCGGCUGGAAGACUUUGUUCAUAAAAGAUAUUCCUUAUUGGAGCCAAAGUGUAAUGUGAAUCACGUACAGUUCUGUAACAUCACUUCGAGAAACGUACACCGGACGAUUACAUGA